AUGGUAGGCUCGCUGCUCGGAACGGUGAUACGAGCGGUCCAGUCCAUUUGCUUAUGGGUUCCGGUUGUCUUCGCUGUAUCGUUGUUCGCCGAGGCGUACUACGCGUACGUGUUCGUAUUCUGUGGUCUAUUCGUGAAGGAGAACGCCCUGUGCUUCGCGUUGGCCACAGUGUUCCACCUGCUGCUCUUCUUUUGCCUGUGGUCGUUCGCGCAGACCACCUUCACGUCUCCGGCGCGCGUGCCACCUUACUUCCACAUCAGCGAGGACGAGCGCCGCAACCUGGCACACGCUGUCCGGAAUCCGACUCGCCGGGCGGCCCUGCUUGAAGCUAUGGCCGCCAAGCGUGGAGUCCUCACUCGGGCUGCCGACGGCAGCGUUAACUACUGCGACCCUUGCCAGCGCAUAAAGCCCGACCGAUGCCACCACUGCUCGAGCUGCGAAAGAUGCAUCCUGAAGAUGGAUCACCACUGCCCAUGGUUCAACAACUGCGUCUGCUACAAUACAUACAAGUUCUUCCUGCUCACGCUGUUCUACAUCGAGCUUCUCUGCGUCUACGUCUUCUUCAGCGUGUCCGUUUACGUGUGGAAAAGGAAACACCACCAGCUACUGCAGUCGAUGCACACCGUGUUCCUGGUGACACUCGGAGCUUCGUCGUUCCUCUCGAUCGGCUCCUUCCUCUGCCUCCACCUCACAUUGUUGUCGCGUAACUGCACCACCUUGGAGUCGUCCAGGCCCCCGAAUUUCAAGGAACGUGGCGACUCGUUCGACCUGGGCACGCCGAGAAAUUUCACCGAGGUGUUUGGUCAGCGAGCAGAACUGUGGCUCGUUCCACUGUUCACCAGCCCCGGUGAUGGGUCGCGGUUCCCGACCAGGUUCCACCCGGACAGGGACAGCCACGCUCCGAGAACAGCAGCGCCCGCGAUGAACCGGGGGCGCAAGGACGCGGACUCGGCUUUGUCAACGACAGCGACGACGGACACGAUGAAACUGCAUGGCACCGCUGGUCAUCAACUUGGCAAAGGAGGGCCUCUAGCUUCAACUCCUCCCCUCGCGGCGACACCAGGCUAGAAGAUGGUGGUGCGCUCCGCACACGCACCACCGUUGCGAAGAGCGUGAACUGCGCCGUUUUCUGUCGUUCCGUCGUGACACUGUGCGCUUAGCUGUGAACGGCCGUUGAGAACGGCAGGUGCAUCUGGGGGACUUGCGAGGGCUAUUUCAUGGUGUAUCUGACUACCUAACGCACACUCGCAACCGCACUCUGUACUAUAUACGCAAUUUUAUGUUUUGCACAAUAAACUUUCGUUAUGCUUUCUAGAAUUCAAUUCUCGCCAUUCUUGCAGCGUUUCGUGCAGCAUGCACGUCGGACUGGGGCGGCCAGCUUUAUUUGAGCCAAGGUUCGAACUGUGCUGACGCAGUAAACUGAUUUCACCGUCGGCACC